ACUCAUAGUUGGCUCUGCUGCUGCGUCAUGAAAUGAGCAACUGAAAAUUACAAAGUAAAUUUAUUUUCCACACAUUUCGUUUUUCUUUUGGCCUUACACAAAAUCCAAAUAUUUAUUGGUUCCGCUGAUUUACUUGAUACCAAAAUGCCGCAAAUUGCCAGACCUCUGAGUACGGGCUGGAAAUGUCUUUUGGCCCGGAAAUACGACGUAAUUCCGUUCAAUAAAGCCUUCUUUCAUCGCUCCAAUAAGUUGUCCAGAAAGGAUACGGGAUCCCCACGGGAUCCCAUGGACUGUCCCAAGACAAAGACUACGGAAUGCCUGACACUCAAAAAACGCAAAUGCAGUCCAACCGAUCCACCAGUUAGACCGUGCAGCGAAAAGGAUUGUGAACAGCAGCCAAAAAUAUCCUGCUGCAGGAAUACGUCUCUCUCCAAGGAUGUUUGCCAGCCGUCAUCGUAUAAGGACAAGAAGAAGACCCACAAAUGGGAGUCGAUGUGGGAGUCGACGCCAAUGAACAUGAAAACUGAGACAGCUCUAAUGUGGGAUUAUCCAGCCGAGUGCUGUCCCAAAUGCGACGAUGUGCGCUUCGAUGUGCUCUACUAUCGACCCUCGACCAAGAAGCAAGAGUACCAACGCACAUGGUGGGAGUGCUGUCCUCGGAUGGUUCCGAAGCGCGUCUGCUGCUACUGUGAUGCCAUUCCGCCCGAGAAGACGCGGCGCUGCCUCCCUCUCUGUCCGCGCACCGCCUGCAAUCAGGAUCACGAGGCAAGGCGUCUGAAAUGUCUUAAUGACAAGAGCAAGGACUGCAUGCGCUUGACCAUGCCCUGUUGUCGGGCUGCUCGGGUGCCGCCCGUCUGUAAUAUUGUGCGUCGUCCCUUGGACUGUACCAAGACGAAGUGCCCGUUUCCCAGCUACUCGGAGUGCCAGCAAAUGGAAGCCGCUAACAUUCCACAAAGGCCGCCACAGUGUCGCUGCUUAGACCCGCCAUCCCAGUGCGAUUCGGUGCGCGCGAAGGCGAACAUGACUCACGAGCAAUUGAGAAUGUGCCCAUGCCCCAAAUGCCCUUAAUCUGUAUCAAUAUCAUGAUGGAUCAGUACAAUGCAAAUUGUUAUAAACUGUUGUAUUUAUGCUGCACAUCCUCGCAGUAUCUAUAAAACAGUUUGAAAUGAUUUGCUUGCAAUUUCAGAAAAUACUUUGAAUUCAAUAGCUGAAGGGGGAACCAAUAAAUACAAAAGUCAACUAUCACCUCCAUUCAUUCUUUGAUGUAACUGAAAAACCAGAAAUUGCUGCUUAAGCGCAGAAAUUUUUGCAGAAACAAACGAUUGCAAUGUCUAACAACUGCUUCUUCACUGUUAAAAGGAAAGAACGAGAAAGUGAGAGAAGGACAUGCAAGGAACUGAAUAAGUUAUUUUUUGUUGUUCAGUUGUGUUGAGUUGCGUACUUUUGAUCCUUAGGUCGGUCUUGUUCAUGUGAUUACUCUCUCUCGAGAUGUUUCUAGAUUUUCAUUUACUAGCAUUUUCGAUCUAUCGUGGCCUACCUCUCCUGUAUGACAAAUAUUGAAUAAGUGUGUAUUUCUUUAUUUGGUAUUAAGAUUGAGUAAAGUAAAUUCUCGAUUGCUACCAAUAUUACUUUCCACAAAAGAAUAAUCUAACGGACAAAUUUAAAGAUUAAGCAACGAGCGAGGGAGGAAACUAGCUUGGAGAGCAAAAAGAACGAUCUAGAUCAUGGAAUCAAAAUGAACCAACAAACUUGCGUUGAUGACAAUUUGAAUUUGUUAACUUAUUUUUGGUAGUUUUCAAAAUACAAAUUUCAAAUUUCCUACAUCAAAUAUUAUUAGUUUUGCCCAUUCCUUCAGAUUUGACACUUCAUACAUUAUUUUUAUUUCACAUCGCUUUGUUUGAUAUUCAAAGCUUUCCUCUUUAUAUAUUUGUUUACAAAAUUUCGGUUAUUUGUUAAAGUCAGAAUGUCGUGCGUGAUUGAGAUUGGCCUUUAUACACGUAAUGCUUAUCGUUGGAUCCAGAAAUCUUGGAAACCUAUAAUGCGACAUGCCUCUUCUAAGCACUUGUGGCCAGGAUCUCAGGAACUCAUGAAUAUUGGAGGUGUUUCGCAUUUUAAUGGCGACAGUGAAGUCGAUCAAGUGGCACGCGGCUUUCUCAACAAAAACACAACAUCGGAUGACCAGCAUAAGAUCGGCAAAUGCACACUUCAGGGAAAUACAGCUCAAGAAGUUGAAGGACUAUGCACAAAUCAGGAGCUGAAGCAAGAACUAGACCAGCUCGGUGUAGAUUGCAAGGCAAUGGAUGCCUUAAUCAAUAAGUGUGCUGUGGCAGUUACCGAAUUAGAGAAAUAUCUUAGUAUGAAAGGCACAAAACCCUUGGCGACGGGCGAUCUUAAGGAAGCGCAAGAUGCGCUGGCAGUGGCUGGAAUCAGUAUGCAAGAUGUGGAACAGUCCAAUAUAAUUUUCAGAGGCGCUAUUAACAUUGUUAGGUCAGAUUUACAUAAAGAUCUGCCGCAAGUAAAAAGUGAAGGCGCUUUGGGUAAAAUUCAAAAUGAAACCCAAGGCAACAUCUACAGUUAUAAAGCAUUUCCAACAAUUGAGGUUCCGUUAGCUCCUCCAGCCCAGAAAACAGAUUCAAGUGAUGCAUUUGAUCCCGAUAAAUAUGAUGUAAGUACCGAUACGACAGAAAUUGAGAAUAGUCAAGAGGCACAGAUGCAGACUGUACUGGAUGAUUCCAAGUCGAGGAUUCUCAUGCGUUAUGCACUUCUUAAGGCGCUCUAUGUUUUGGAGGCUGGCGGGAAAAAUUGUAAAGCAAAAAUUGUAUUCAACGAUCCAAAAAAAAUUAAAGAAUGAAUUUAAAAUGAA